AAAAUGAAUAAAAAAAACCUAAAAUGAAAGUCCUAAAAGGAUAGCUCGUUAAAUAUACAUAUAUAAAUUAACACCCAUUAAGAAUGGUGAUUGGAACUAUCUUACUAACCGGCGCUUCGUUUACUGCCAGCCUAUUUGUGGUACAGAUUGCAGUACUGCCUCUACUUUUCAAAUAUAGCAAAUCUGUGCAGAGGAAAAUGAUUUUUUCCAAUUGCAUAAAUUACCCACGUAAUCUUGAUUAUGAAAACCCUUCAAGCUGUAACAUCGUUGGUGGCAGAAACUUCAAUAUUAAAUUUCAAUCUAAAGUGGAUGAUUGUCCUAUAAAAUUAGGUGUAUGGCACAUUAUUCCAUGCUCUAUGUUUAAAGACAUGUUUAUAAUACGUGAUUAUAAAACAAUAGAUAUACGAUUACACCAUGAGUUGAAGAAAACCAAGAACACCAUUGUUUUAUAUUGUCAUGGAAACUCCAACCACAGAGCAUCACCCCACAGAGUACAAAUGUACAAAGUGUUUCAGAAAAUGAACUUUCAUGUCAUCGCUUUCGAUUAUAGAGGUUACGGGGAUUCAACUCGGGUGAGGCCGACGGAGCGCGGUGUGGUGGAAGAUGCGCUGAAGGUGUACUCCUGGCUGAACGACUCCCUAGACCCUGAUACCAGGCCUGCUGUGCUGCUCUGGGGUCACUCUUUAGGUACUGCGGUAGUGGCAAAUAUGAUCUCUCAUAUGUCGGAGCUUUGCACAAACUUGGACAUGAAGUGUCUACCUCAACCUGACGCCGUCGUUCUGGAGGCUCCCUUCAAUAACCUCAUGGACGAAAUUGAAAGGCAUCCAUUCUCAAAGCUAGUCUCCUGGCUGCCGUAUUAUAAGGAUACGUUCGUGAAGCCGUUCACAGUAUCCUCAGAGUAUGUCUUCACCACCGACCAGUACCUGAUGAAGGUCCCUCAUGUCCCCAUCCUGAUGAUGCACAGCAAGUGCGACAAGGUUGUCCCAUAUGAACUCGCCGUUAAGUUACAUGAGACGGUAGCGCAGUCCCGCGGGCCGGGGGCGGCGCCCCUGCACUUCCACAGCUUCGAGCGGGGCGCCGGCCUAGGUCACAACAACCUCUGCGAAGCUCCCGACUUGGAAAAUAUCAUCAGUGACUUCUUGAAACAAAUCAACACAAGAAACCCGGAGUAGCGAGAAAUCUCACGAAUAAAUAUAUUUUUCUGUAAUAAAAACAAACUACUAAG